AGGAUGGGAGGCUUCGCCAGCAACAGCAGUCAAGCAGGAGGAUGAGUGUCCAGAGAGGGGAGGCCGCGGACAGGUGCAAAGGUCUGGCCAAAACCCAUGAGUCAGAGAAGAGAGGAUCUAAUCAGAGGAAUUACAUCAGUAACUUCAUAAAGCUGAGAUCAAAGUUUCUUUGAUCAGAAACCUCCGUUUGACCUAAAGAACAGCAGAUCGUCAGAGAAGCCCCAAAGUGGCAGCAUUGCCACAGACAGGUGGGAACGCUCAGACAAGCUGACACUGAGAGUCGGUCUGGACAGAAAGGGGAAACUGAAGCAGUCACACAGGAAACUCCCACAGAGUUCUCGUCAGCGUUCAUAAGGAGCCGUCAGACGAGAAGGAAGGAGUGACGACCGUCGGACAAAAGGAGAGGAGCUCCUCACCCGGAGAAAACAAGUAAUUGGCCUCACCUCUGAGGCAAGAGCGUCUUGACGAUGUGAAAGAAACGCCGCUGAUCUGGAUCAGAAAAAGGAAAAGAAACGCGGCUCUGUGGUUCCUGAAAGGGAUGGCUCUCCUCCAGGUCUUGAUGUUGUUGGUUCUCCCGAACCCGGCUCUCCUCUCUGGUCCGGAUCGCUGUGGCGUUCACGACAGCAGCAGCUCAAACGGCAUGUCGCCUUGGCUGCAGUCCUUGCAAUGCCACAAUGACUACAAGACCCAUGUGGACUGCAAAUGGAAGGCGCCGACAAACACGACUCUGCAGGUCUGGCUGAAGGAAAACAAUGGCAGGAGUGAGCCCUGUGUGCAUUUCAAAGACGAAAAGACAACCAAGGAUGGAGUUGUCCAGUGCAGAUAUAAAACUUCGACACUUGGCAUAGGAAUCAACCAUGCUGUCUUCUUCAUGAACAACCAGACAACAAGCCUCUGCUCGUCUUCCAAACACUCGUCUCUGGAUCUUGUUCAGCACCUGAGGGCACGUCCGCCUGGGGGUCUGACUGCGUCUGAGGAAAGCGAAGGCAGCUACCGGCUGAGGUGGUCCAGUCCGUAUCCUCCAUCGUCCUCCCUGAACCAGAACCUCUCGUAUCAGCUCAGCUUCAGGACGCAGGGCGAGGACGGGUGGACCACUGAGGCUGUGGCAGACACCAGCGCGAGACUGGAGAGGCAGAAGCUGCUUCCCGGCCGUCGAUACGAAGCCAGAGUGAGAGCCAGGGCCGGCGUGGGCCGGUGGAGCAAAUGGAGUCCUGUGGCGAGCUGGAAAACUGGAGAUGACCUCGGGCAGGUUCCCUCUUUGGACUGUGUACUGGAUGGAGAGAAGGAAGUGACGUGUAGCUGGGAGGUGAGCAGAGAGCUAGCUUAUCUCGUCACCUACCAGCUGAAAUGUCAACGCGACCCGACAGCACAGUUUGAGGAUUGUUGCGUGAACCCAGCUGUGAGUUCUGACCCCAGAGGGACAGAAGUGAGGUACAGCUGCCCUCUCACCGAUGUGGACCCUGAACGUCUGCAGCUGAAGCUCCAGCCGGCACACAACGCCAAGACUUUUCAAUCGCACAAACACAUUCGUCCCAAUUCGCCAGUGCAGGUGAAAGUGAGGGAGAAUAAUGGUGUCUGGGUUGUGGAGUGGUCUCCACCAGCUGAGGCAGCUACAAAGCUGUUGUACCAGGUCCGGUAUCACCAGGCCUCAGAUCAGGGAUCCUCCGUGCAGCUGGACAUUCCCGAGGGGUCCACAUGGGUGAACAUCCUGGGAACGUCCCUCGUGCCGCUCCAGGACUACGAGGUGGAAGUGAGGUCACUGGUUGCCCCAGGAGCAGGUUCCAAAUACGAAGGAAUCCCCUCAGAAUGGUCUGAACCUGCGAACUGGACCUCAAAUAAAGCCGCCUGGUCCGUCUCCAAACUGAUUUAUUUCUUCUGUGGCGUGAUUGCAGUCGCGCUCUUUCUGACUCUGUACCACACCGUUCCAGUUUGCCGGAAGGAAGUUGUGAUGUGGGUGGACUCGGUUCCCUCUCCAGGCAAAAGCAAGAUCCUGUCUGAGAUCAAGUCUUCCUCAUCCCCGACCCUCAUGCAGAGCGAGAAGAUGUCCAUUUGUAGCGUGCAGAACCUCGACCGCGUAUCGACCUGCUCCUCAGAAGCUUUGCUUUGGCCGAACAAGAGCACUGAGACGACGCGCGCCGAUCAGAGCAGGAGCUGCUGGAACUGUGAUAAUCUCCCCUCCCCUCUUGAUAACGUUCACGGCUCGGAUACGUCGUCCAUGAGCUUCAGCGGACCGUACAUCUUUUGUCAGGGUUCAGGACAAAUGUCAAUGGAGGCUCAGCAAAAAGAAGUCAGCGAAACAAAAUCAUACGAAGCUGUGCCUCUCUUCCCGGCGCCAUGUCCUCUUCGUGACAAAGAUUACGUGUGUCUUCCCAACCGCACUCUGUCAAGGUCCACAGAGGACCUCACAUCCCACAGCAGCUCAGGCCCGAAAUGGUACGACAGUCCUGAGCAGGACCAGCAGCACCUGAACGCCACACUGCGGCCUGUUCAGUCUGACAGCCGGUCCGGCUCCGCAGAACCCGCCACGAGAAAUCAACCGUCUGAUUACACAGGAGGGCCGUUCCCCUCCUGGCCUCAAGAGGGCGCUAACUCGGGAUACUGCCAGCUCCCAGCAGCUUUCACGGCACCGUCAAAAUGAACAGCUGCAUGCAAGACAAACAAAAGAAGAAAAAAAA